AGCAUGAAUAUUUUGCUUUCAGAAGAGUCCUGUCCCAACUGCAGCUCCACCGUCCAUCCAAAGGUGGACGUUGUCAAAUUGGUGCUCCUGGGAACGGUGCUUGUGGUGUUUUUAGUAUUCGGGGUGCUCGGCAACAUCCUGGUCAUCUUAUCGGUGCUGUGCCAUCACCACUGGCGCUCCGUCACCCACUACUUCAUCGCCAAUCUUGCUGCGGCCGACCUACUGCUCAGCUCGGCCGUGGUGCCUUUCUCCGCCACCUCCGAAGCCCUGGGCCGGUGGAUGUUCGGCCGGUCCUUCUGCAGCGUCUGGGCGGCCCUGGACGUCCUCUGCUGCACCGCCUCAAUCCUCAGUCUGUGUGUGAUCUCCAUUGACCGCUACCUGGCCGUCAGCUACCCUCUGCGCUACCCGGCCAUCGCUACCGGCCGACGAGGCCUGGCCGCGGUGGCCGCUCUCUGGGGAGUCUCGGCGGCCAUAUCCGUGGGCCCCCUGUUCGGCUGGAAGGAGCCCGACCCUGAAGACGAGACGGUGUGCCGGAUCACGGAGGAGCCCGGCUAUGCCUUGUUCUCUGCAUUAGGAUCUUUCUACAUCCCGCUGGCCGUCAUCUUGUCCAUGUACUGCCGCGUGUACGCUGUGGCAAAGAGAGAGACGCGAACCCUCAAGAGAGGAAGUGACGGAGCGGGGUUCGAAGCCGAGGGGGUGACGCUGAGGGUGCACCGAGGGAACGCCCCUGGGACAGGCAAGCACGAAGAGGACAACGGCACUGGGAGGUCCAAACACAUCACCAACACCCUGUCCAAGAUGCUCAAACUGCCAAAAGAGGAGAAAGCAGCCAAGACCCUUGGCGUUGUCGUUGGGUGCUUCAUUCUGUGCUGGCUACCAUUUUUCCUGGUCUUACCAAUUGGAUCAAUCUUCCCAUCCUGCAAGCCUCCUGAGACCGUCUUCAAAAUAACCUUCUGGCUGGGCUACUUCAACAGCUGUAUUAACCCCGUCAUCUACCCGUGCUUCAGCCAGGAGUUCAAGAAGGCCUUUUGCCACGUGCUCCACGGCCGCUGUCUGGGAAGUGUCCAACACCAAGGACCUCAGCCAGCGUCUAAUACCGCUGACUCGUCAGUCGUGCGUGGUGUUGUUUCGAGGGGAUGCUGUGGGACGUUAUCUUUGUCCUCUGCGAAGGACGAUGCCAGUCCCACAAGCCAGAGGAAGAGUCUACUGAGGUCUUGGUGUUUCUCAGCUGGUCCAAGUCCGGUACCAAAGAACUGCUCGGCUAAGGUUUUACGCCUUUCUCUUAAUGUUACUGGUGAAGCCGUUUGA